GCUUUGUUGGUGACGCUUAGGAACUAGCAGCACAGGCUAGCAAGUCGCGUCUUUACAUCUUCCGAGCCGCGCUUGAGUCCCACUGCAUUUUCUUAAACAUACCUUAUCAUUACUCCUAGCCAAAUUUAAAGAACUUCAAAGAGCAUAAUGGGUAAACGCAAGGCAGCCAAGAAGGUCCAGGGUCCCAAAAAGAAAGAAGUUCUGAGUACAACUUUCCCCUGUCUAUUUUGCAAUCACGAAAACUCGGUCAUCGUAAAGAUCGAUAAGAAAGCUGGUGUUGGUCACUUGUCCUGCAAAGUAUGCGACCAAAAAUUCCAAUGCGCCAUCAACUAUCUGUCGGCUUCCGUGGACGUAUAUGCCGAUUGGGUUGAUGCUUGCGAUGCAGUCGCAAAGGAAGGAGAUGAUGGGGGAGAUCUUGCCCCCGAACGUGCGCCUGCUCGACGUUCAUCUGGCGCUGCUGGGAAGGGCGAUGCGGAUGACGACGACAAUGAUGACGAUAUAAUGGGAGACGAGGAUGGGAUGGGUGGUUACGGUGGCGAUGGAAUAGUUGCAGACGAUGAAGAUUAUUAAGCUUGGGAUUUUUGGCUUGGGUUGUGAUAAUUUUACUGUUUGGAGUUUGGGAGGCUCACGGUUGGCGAAGCUCUUCACACGGUACUGCCCUGUGAUUGAUAAAUGGAUUGAAAUCAUCACCUCUUCGGUUGCAAAACAUAUUGGUACAAGUGACAGAUUGAUUGGAUACACCAACAGAUAAUGUUAUUUUUUUCUUCUUCUUUUGGUAGAUAGCUAGAAUAUUAAGGAGACAUUGGAACCCGAACCUUCUACAUGGUAUAGAAUCUAUCGCCAAAAUCACCAAGGCCUGGGACAAUAUAACUAGAUGGACGUUAGCA